AUGGCUGGCCAUGGAUCGCUGGUGAAACCCGAGGCCAUGGAUCAUCCGCAUGUGGCCAGAUUGGUGGAUGUUUAUGAGUCGCCGGAGCAACUUGCACUGGUGAUGGAGUGCAUGUCCGGCGGCGAGCUCUUCGGCCGGGUACAGAAGCUGAAACGUUUCACAGAACAAGCCGCCGCAGACGCAGCUCGACAGAUGCUUCUGGCGGUGAAUUACAUCCAUGGUAUCGGUGUGGUCCACCGAGAUAUCAAGUUGGAAAACUUUCUCUUCGAAAAGCCGGAGAGUGACUUUUUGAAGCUCAUCGAUUUCGGUUUCAGCAAGAUUUGGAAGCCGAACACCACCAUGAGACUCAGCUGCGGUACAUUGGCCUACGUGGCUCCAGAGGUGCUGGAUCAGAACUAUACCUCUCAGUGCGACCUGUGGAGCCUCGGUGUGACAGUCUUCAUCCUUCUCUUUGGCUACAUGCCUUUCUCUGGAAACGAGGACAAGCAAAUCUCCGACAUCAAGAACGGCCGGUACACUGUGAAACCUGCCAAAUGGGACAGUGUGUCGGGCGUCGCCCAAGAUUUCGUGAAGAAACUGCUGGUGGUAAAGCCCACGUCAAGGAUGACGGCAGAAGAUGCUUUGAAGCAUCCGUUUAUCGUGAACCGUGAACAACUCACCACGGAGGUCAAUAAUGACAUAGUGAAUGCCCUGGUGGACUUUGGCAAUGCCUCCGCCUUCCGCCGAGCGUGCCUUUCGAUGAUGGCGUGGUCUUUGACCAACGAGGAGCGCUCGAAAGUCAGGGAAGCCUUCAUGCAGCUCGACGAGGAUAAGACUGGUGUCAUCAAGAUCGGUGAGUUGAAGAAGGUGCUGGAAAACAAAUGCCACAUCCACGACGAAGACGCCACACGUAUUUUCCAGGCGCUGGACACGACGCAGUCUGAGGAGAUCCAUUAUUCUGAGUUCUUAGCUGCUAUGGUCUCCACGCGCAUUGCUUUGCAUGACGACCUGCUGUUGGCUGCCUUUAAAAGGUUCGACUGUGACAACAGUGGCAAAAUUACGGUUGACAAUUUGCGAGAGGUGCUUGGGGAGACCUUCAGCGGUGCAGCAGUGGAAAGCAUCAUGAAGGAGGCGGACCAGACGGGCAGCGGCGACAUUUCCUACGAGGAAUGGAUCCAAUACUUGAGAGCCAAUGCCGGAGAUGAGAGGCAUCGUGAGAUGGCCGCACAGCUCAUCGAUCAUCGUCUCUCGAACUCGCCGCACAACGAGAAGACGAUUGCCGUGAAGUCCAGCAAAAAGAUGUCAGCAAUGGGAGCGAAGGAGCAGAUGUGUUGCUGCAUUAAUUGA